ACGACUUGGCCGGGCCGGGUCGGGCAGGGUAUAAAAUAGCGGGCGCUCAGGCGGCAACGCCAGCCACGCGUUCCCAGCAGCAGCCUGUGCCGCAGCGCUUGGACUUAGCCCCGCCAGGUCGCCCCGGCAACCAGCAGCUCGGUCAGUCAGCGCUCGGGGACUGGGCCUCCGCCGCGCGCCAAGAGCCAUGGCUGACAGGUAACUGAUUUUCUCCAUAUGCCCUGUGUGUGUCUAAAUAGUCAGAAAAGCACUGAUCGUACUGGCUCACUCAGAGAGGACGUCCUUCAACUAUGCCAUGAAGGAGGCUGCUGUAGAGACUUUGAAGAGGAAAGGAUGGGAGGUCACUGAGUCAGACCUCUAUGCCAUGAAGUUCAACCCCAUCAUUUCCAAAAACGACAUCAAGGGUAAACUAAAGGACCCAGAGAACUUUCAGUAUCCUGCUGAGUCUGUUCUAGCUUACAAAGAAGGCCGUUUGAGCCAGGAUAUUGUGGCUGAACAAAAGAAGCUGGAGGCUGCAGACCUUGUGAUAUUUCAAUUCCCACUGCAGUGGUUUGGAGUCCCUGCCAUUCUGAAAGGCUGGUUUGAGCGAGUGCUCAUAGGGGAGUUUGCUUACACAUAUGCUGCCAUGUAUGACAAGGGACCUUUCCGGAAUAAGAAGACAGUGCUUUCCAUCACCACUGGUGGCAGUGGCUCCAUGUACUCUCUGGAGGGUGUCCAUGGGGACAUGAAUAUCAUUCUCUGGCCAAUUCAGAGUGGUACUCUGCAUUUCUGUGGUUUCCAAGUCUUGGAACCUCAGCUGACGUAUAGCAUUGGGCACACUCCACCGGAUGUCCGGAUCCAGAUCCUCGAAGGAUGGAAGAAACGCCUGGAGAAUAUUUGGGAUGAGACUCCACUGUAUUUUGCUCCAAGCAGCCUCUUUGACCUAAACUUUGAGGCAGGGUUCUUAAUGAAAAAAGAGGUACAGGAUGAACAGAAAAAGAAGAAAUUUGGCCUUUCUGUGGGCCAUCACUUGGGCAAAUCCAUCCCAAAUGACAACCAGAUCAAAGCCAGAAAAUGAGAUGCACAAGACUUAGAUUUCCUUCUAAAUAUAGCCAAAUGUAGGUAUCCUUUUCAGGAUUCUUUGACUUGCUUUGGUUUUCAAGGUUAAACCUUUUGUUUUUCAUAAGGAAUGAAUAGAAGGGAGAGAAUAGACUAUACUCAUAUAUUCUUGGAUAGUUUUAUUCUUAAAUUUAACUGAUUCUUUUGAUUGUUACCAUGGCAUAUGACCAAAAUCUGAUUAGAGUUAAGAUGCCACUUAGGUUAUAAAGCAGGGAAGGACACAGAAAGAUGAUAGAGAAUAUUCCUUAAGGUCAUCUACACAAUUUAAUCUCUUUUUUAUAGCUAAAUUUUUGUGGAUGCUGUUGACUAAACAGCAUCUAGGAGCCCUGGUGGUGCAGUGAUUCAGAGCUGUGGCUACUAACCAAAAGGUCGGCAGUUCGAGUCCACCAGUUGCUCCUUGAAAACUCUAUGGGGGUGGUUCUACUCUGUCCUGUAGGGUCGCUAUGAGUUGGAAUCGACUCACUGGCAAUGGGGUUUUGUCUUUUUUAAUGGGUAAACAGCACCUAACUCUUCAGUUAUCUGUUUUUCUUUUAAUCAUCUCUCUGUGGUUUAUGUCAGAGGGGAAUUGCUCAGAGAAAGAAAUGACUGAAUCUGUCUGACCUAAGGGACUUAAUUUGUUUAGGAAUUAGUAAUCUAAUGCUUGUUGAUGAUACCUUUUGGUUUUAAUGACUACACAGUGACUUACAUGCCUAACGUGAGUGUGAUUCUUCAGCCUUUGUUGUUUGUAUACAGUGCACACAGAUACCUUGAAAUGAAAAGCUAAUAUAAGUUUCUUCUUUACCUCAAUCUUCCAAUUUAAUAUUUGCAGAAAUAAACCAACACAUGUACGUCCUAGGUCUGCUACACUGAAUGAAAUCAAGAAAGGAAAGAGUACCUCCAAUACUUAAAAAUUUUUUAUAGUGCUUAGGAUAUACAGCUUGGAAAAGGAAGAUGAAAAGAAAAUGAUAAAAUUCUUAUCAAUAAUCCAUAAUUGCCUUACAACAAUUUCUCUUAAACUUGAAAUUAUAUUGGAGUUGUGAAGGACCAUAGAAAUCAUUUCAUUUACUAGCACCCCUCUUCCCACCACUAAAUAACAACUUUACAAACAAGUGAGUGCUUGUAGUCAGCCUUGUGAUCUAAAAUCCUGGAAGGUUACCCUCUAUCUUCUGUACCACUGCUAAAUUGACAACCGACCUUUUAAUGUUUUGGUUCCAUGACUUUUGGAGUAAAAUUGCAUGCCUAGAUGUUUGUUAACUUUGGUGAACAAUUUUAGCAUAAUAUUCUAAUUUCCCAUUUAAAUUGUUGAAGUUUAUCUUUUCCCACUAUUGGUGUAAUUCAAGUAGAAUAUGAUAAAAGAUCGCCCUCUUGUGGUACACUGAAAGAAAAUGAGAGAAAUGAAGCCAACUUACCUGCCAAGGAAAUGAUGACUAUAGGCUGGAGAACCUCCUUUACCGGAUACUGACUAGUGUUGGAUAUUUUUUCCCUCUACAGUACACACAAUGGCAGAAGGAUGGGUGUUUCAUUUUGAAAGUAUUUUUUGUUGCCUUCAGUGUCACUGCAAUUUUGUGUAAACUUUAGAAAAUUUCAAAUCAAAUAAAAUUAAUUUCUGUAAAACACCCACAUUCAUUGGUUUCAGUGAAUUUAGUGGUAAGAGGCAUUCAGGCAAAAGUGGAUUCUACUGUGGAAGACAGGAUCAGAGAUUUGAAUAAUAAAUCAUGGUGACUUUGCGUGAAAGCCCACCCAACAAGGCUGCUUCAUACUGAAUGGAAAUGGAAUAAUGGACUCUGACCCUCUCAUGGAAUUUGAAAGAGAAAAGUUACUUUGGCCUAAGCAAUAGAGAACUGAUAUGAUGGAGCUUUGAAAACUGAGCUGAACCUGUUAUUGUUGAGUCACUUCCUACUCACAACGACCCAAGAAAAUGAGAGUGAAAGGAGUGGCUAGUGAAGCAGAAGAGCCAAGAAAGUGUGGUGUCCCGAAAGCCAAGUGAAGAAAGUGCUUCAAGUGGGGAGUGAUUAAGUAUAUUAAGUACUGAUAAGCUGAGUAAGAUGAGGACUGAGAACUGACCAUUGGACUUGGCAGUGUGGAGGCCAUUGGUGACUUUGACAGGAGCCACUUCAGUUGAGUGAUUCGAUGAAAGCCUGAUUGGAAUGGGUUCAAGAGAGAGUGGGAAGAGAGGAAGUGGAGGGGGAUGUGUGGUCAAAGUUUUUUUUUUUUUUUUUAAAGAAGAGACACUGCAGCAAAUUUGUAUGGCAGUGGGAAUGACUCUUAGAGAAAAAGUUUUGAUGCUGGAGAGUAAAAACAAUAAAAAGAACAUGUCCUUGAAAAAGCAAAAAGAUAUGGGGAUACAGUGUACAAGAGACAAGCAGAGACAAUUACUAUCAGGAGAACUAAUAUUAAUACAAAGUAACAUUUAUUAGGUACUUACCUUUGCCUCAGGAACUAAGUAAUUUUACAUGAAUUAAUACCAUUUAACUCUUACAAGAACCCCAUUGAAUUCUAUGGUUCCACUAUAAAAACCAAACUGGUUGCCGUUGAUUCCAACUCGUAGCGACCCUAUGGGACAGAGUAGAACUGCCCCAUAGGGUUUCCAAGGAGCACCUGGUGGAUUUGAACUGCUGACCUUUUGGUUAGCAGCCACAGCUCUUAACCAGUAUGCCACCAGGGUUUCUGUCUCCAUCGUAUGGAUAAGGAAAUUGAGAAAUGGAAGGUUAAAUAGUAAGUGCUGGAGCCAGAACUCACCCAGGCAGGUGACCUCCAAAGUCCAUGUUUUUAACUGUUAUAUUGUCUUCGUAGAAGCUGAGAUGAUGGCAUCAUGAAGUGUAGAGUACUAGGGUGGCAAUACCUAUUUCUGAAAGUAAGACUAUUAGUGUUGCUGGUGAGAAACUAUAGCUGCUUUUUUAUUUCUAGAGCCCUUGUAUCCUGAGCAGGGAUAAAUGAUGUUCCAGUUCUCUGCUAGGUCUGAUUUGAGAAUUUGUUCCUUUAAAAGAUGACAGAGUAGUGUUCUUACCAGCUUGAAAUAAAUCAGGGCAAUUACAUUUCUUGUUCUGGACAUAGAUACUGUACUUAAAAUUAUGUAACUCAACAUUGCAUCAGUUUUUCUGGCAGCCACUUCCCAUUGUCCCAUCUUCACAGCAGACUUUUGUCCACAUAUGCUGUUUUUUGGACUAAAUGAAAAUUUGAUGUUUAUACUAAAUUUCAUUUGAUUAUUGCUCCUUUUCAGUGCUGAUGAAGUCCAUAAAUGCUAAAAGAGAACAAUGGCAGCAUUGUUGAAAUAAAUACAUGACUUCUCAAAAUGACAACUCAUUAAGAUGUAUACAUUUGGAUAUGUUAACUACACUCUGGUAACCACUCAUUUACAUAUGUAGAAGUAACUACCAAGAAUAAAAAGAUUAUGUCUAGGUGUGGGACUGCGGGAUGGGAAGACUUGGUUUUCAUGCAAAGCAUCUGCGUGCUACGUGAUCUGGUACCAUGUGUAUGUGUUACUUUACUAAAAAUGAAACAUUUAAGUAAAACAAAAAUUCUCUCAUGCCAUCUCAUCUGUACUAUGCCUGAAAAAAUAGUAGAAACAAAGUACUCAGAAAUAUUUCCAUAUUUCAUACCUCUUUCAUAAUGAUUUUAUAAUUUCAUGUUGGUCAAAACUGACAUACAAAAAUGCAAAUUCAUUCACAAAGUGAAGAGAAAAGACAGCUACUCACUGCAAAAUAAAAACUUUCAAUGUUUUAUUUUUGACUGCAGCUGUUUACAGAAAUAUAGUUGCGAGUAUACAAAUGUUCCAAUAGAAGCAAAAUAUCUUUUUAAUAUUUAACAAGUUAUCACGGAUAGCUAAAAACAUAGAUAGAUGCAAAUAAAAUUCCCCCAGAGAACAAACUGAAAACAUCUGGUAUCAGUGCUCUGAAAUCCCAACUAUGAAAGCCAUAUACACGAAAAUGUAAUUCUUACAUCAUUGUAGGACAAUGGAGGAAGGUAGUUCAGUGGUUGAUCAAUGUGCCCAAGCAAAUAAAAUUAAAAAACUUUAAUGGCAGAAUUGUAGCUAAACCACUUGAGGAAAGGUUAAUGAAAUAUCUGUAGUAUACUUAUUAAAUGACUGAGUGAAAGAAAGUGGAUGAAGUGCAGUAAAAGCCGUCAAAAGAGUAGCAACUACUUGGAGCUUAUCGGCUAGGAUUAAGGGAAUAAGGUGAACAGAUACAUUCAUUAGAUGAAAGGAAAUUACUCAAGUUCAUUGAAAUCAGUCUGUAGCUACUAAAGUCACAAAUACUUUAGUGCAGGACAGUUCUUUGUUAGACACAGAAAUCUGAUUCCAAACCUACUCUCAAACAUCUGAGAUUAUGUGCGUGUGUGUGUACAUGUCUGUGUAUGUUGUCCUGAGGUUCAUUAGCUAAAAUCAUAAGAAGCAGUCCUUAGAAAAUAUUUCCAACCAGGCAAGUGACUUCUGGAAAAGAAAUGAGAGUGCUGGGAUGAUGAAGAUUUAUGGUUAAACAUUGGGUUUUUAAAGGUGGUGGCAUUACAAGUUAGAGUUGAAUAAAGUGGUUGGAUGCUGUGGGUACAGGAAUACAUUAUGCAGUAAAGUGGGUAAGGGGAGAAAUGGGAUAAGAAAGGAGGAAUGUAACCAGAGCAUCUCCCAACAGUUUGUCUAUGUAUUUGCCAGCACCAAAGGUUGUAGAGUAAGCCACUUACAUUUCUACUGCUACUAGUAAGUAAAGACAGCAGUGAUUUUUAUAAAGUGAGUAUAUAUUUAAGAUAACCUCCAUUCUGAAAUGUGAAUUUUUUUUUUUUUUUUUUAUGAGUUAACUGGUGAUUUGUAAACAGUGGAAGAUUAGAACAACGAUGGAGGUAUUGUGAUCACACAGGGAGACUAAAAUGAUUGAACAAAUUGACUUGUGGUUUACAUUUAUUGUGAUGCGUACAAUUGAGAAGGGAGAAAUGCCCAAAUUAUAUAAUGCAUUAUCUCGUUUAUCGUUUAAUUUAGUAAAAAAUUUUGUCUGAAGCUCCCAAGGAUAGCUAUAUCUCUACUGCAUCAGUUCAUAAACAAAGCAAGCUACCUUUAAAGAAGUUUUAUGUAUUAAAAAAAAUUUUUUAAAAGGUGCUAUGAUGACCUGGCCAGCCAUCUUGCUACCUCAGAUACAAACAUAAAUAUGGGAAAUGACAAAGAAUUUUGUUCUGAGAGUUGGUCUAGCCAGAGCAAAACUGUCUGCUGGUAAAGUAAGGGGCAAUGAAAUGAAAGCCCACAAUGUACUCAUUUUAUGGAUAAACAGGAGACUUUAGCACCCACCAAUUACAUUAGCUACUUAAAUGUCGGAAGAAAAGAAAUACAGAACAUUGCACCUAUAUAUUUAAAUCAGUCAUUUAAUGUAAACUUUUUAGUAAGUGGUAGGAAAAUGCCAAACUGAGUUAACCAAAUAUCAAUAGACUAAUUGUCCAUGUACAUAAACUAUACUGUAUUUCUACAGGCAGUACGGAGAAUAAAUUAUCAUUGCCAAUAAAUGAUAAUAGAAAGUGUAUCUAUCUGAGUGGAAAAAAAAAAAAACCUUCUACAUCUUACUAUAUAUAGUUUACACCAGUGGCUCGCAAACUUUAGCAUGCAGCAGAAUCACCUGGAGGGUUUGUUAAAACAGAUUUCUUGGGCCCCACCCCAGAAUUUCUGAUUCAGUAUGACUAGGAUAAGGCCAAACAUCUACAAUUCUGACUAGUUCCUGGGUGAUACUGAUGCUGGCUGGUGGGCUGAGAACCAUACUCUGAGAACCACUGGUUUAUAUAUAUGUAGAAAACUAUACACUAUAAUGUUCUUAUAUACAUGACACAGAAAAUAUAUAGGAAGAGGGCUGGUUUUAAUUAAUUAACUCAAACAUAUAGAUGAGCAAGCUGACAUUUUAAUUUUUCUAAAAUGAUUUGCUGAAAUGUAAUAAUUUUUUUUUAUAUAGUCAUUACAUGGGAUUGCCAUGAGUUGGAAUCCACUCGACAGCAACGAAAAACGUUCUAAAGGCUUAGGUCCUACUAUACAGUCAUUUUAGAAAACAUCUACAUAAUACUUAUACCAAGUUGACUAUCCAAAAUAAAAAUGGACAUAAGUAUUCUAAGUAAUUAAGAUGUAUUCAUUAAGAAGGAAUCAUCACUAUAUAGCAUUCUUGGCUUCUUUGGAAUGAUUAAAGUGCAUGUCAAUAGAGUACUAAGAAUAUUGCAUAAAGGUUUGCUAACUUCAGUGCCACUACAGUCAUGGAAAUACAUGGGAAAAGCUGCUCUAUCCCAAAGGUACUACCAUCCUGACCUGUUCUGAUGGCCUUUUCUUCAGGCACUACCACAACAACAACAACAACAAAAAACCAGAGGGACACUCAAUACAACUGCAUCUGGUAGAAAGAAAUUAUUAAUUCUGGAGGGCUUCAGAUAAAGCUCCUUUCUCAUUUCCUUUAACAUUAUUUUUCCUAGGCAGAUUAACUGAGGUUCUGGUGGGCAAAGAUACACUAUCAUGAAUUACCUGGCCCUGUCUUGUUAGAAAAAUUGAUUUUACCAGGCUUUUUACCUAAACUAUGUUUUAGUGAUUUAUUUCAUCCAUCUAAGAUCAGAGCAGAUGGUUUAAACACUUUAUUGCUGAAAUUUCACUAUACACAUUUUUUUUAUACGGAGUCUCACAAUUUCAUUAGCACUAACAUAGAUCUAUCAUUAGUGAAGCUAAAGGAAAAAUUUAUAGUUAAUUUAUAUAAAGCCUAAACAGUAUAAUCCUAUAAUUUUUUACUUACCCUCCUUCUAACACUGCAUCUUUUCUGCUAUUCUUAGGUCAAAGGGGGUUAGACUUAAUGAUGUUGUUUCCUAUUGUGAUUAAGAAAUGGAGGAAAAUAUGUUCUACAUCCUACUUUGGUGAGUAGCAUCUGGGCUCUUAAAAGCUUGCAAGUGGCCAUCUAAGAUACAUCUAUUGGUCCCAUCCUGUCCAGAGCAAAGGGGAAUGAAGAAAACCAAAGAAACAAGGAAAAUAUUAGUCCAAGGGACUAAGGGACCACAUGAACCACAGCCUCCACCAGCCUGAGCCCAGAAGAACUAGAUGGUGCACGGCUAAUACCACCAACAGCUCUGACUGGGAUCACAACUGAGGAUCCCGGACAGAGCAGGAGAAAAAUGUAGAACAAAGUUCAAAUGCACAAAAAAGAUCAGACUUACUGGUCUGACAGAGACUGGAGGAACCCCUGAGACUAUGGCCCCUGGACACCCUUCUAACUCAGAACUGAAACCACUCCCGAAGUUCACCUUUCAGCCAAGGAUCAGACAGGCCUAUAAAACAAAUAAUAAUGCACAUGAGGAACGUGCUUCUUAGACAAAUCAAGUACAUGAGACCAAAUGGGCAACACUCGCCCGAAAGCAAAGAUGAAACGGCAGGAAGGGACAGGAAAACUGGACGAAUAGACACAAGGGAACCUGGGGUGGAAAGUGGGAAAGUGAUGACACACUGCAGGGAUUGCAACCAAUGUCAGGAAACAAUUUGUAUAUAAAUUUUUGAAUGAGAAAACUAAUUUACUCUGUAAACUUUCACCUAACGCAUAAUUUAAAAAAAAAAAAAAAUGGAGGAAAGAAUGGCUAAAUGGAAAAAUUUAGAGUUGGGACCUAUUAAAACCUUUUGUUCAUGUGUUUUGGCAAUAGUGAAAAAUGAAAUUAUAAGAAGGGGGCACUAUCAAGGUAAAAAGACACUUUUCCAUAAGUAUUUAAUGUAUAUAUGAAAUAUUAAAAAAAUUUCCAGAAAAAGUGGAAUAAAAACAGAAUUUUAUUAAUAAGGCUAGUAUGAUGUUAAAAUAAAUGGUGAUUAAAGAUGUAGAGCACUGGGACAAUUGACAAGUGAUAUUUUAGCUAUUAUUCUGAUAUUUACUCCAUUAUGAACAUUAUCUCCACCAUUUAGCUCUAGUGAUACAAAUAGGCAGAGGAGAAAAUCUGUUCUAAGUACAUGUUAUAAGACUCUACUCACCCACAUGACUAGGGUAUACCCUUGUACCACUUCUCUAGGACAUCUACUGAACUAUCCAGUCUCUCUUUUUCCAUUAAGUCCCUCCAGGUAACCAAAGGUAUGCAGGUUAGGGAUGAAGCUUCUGGUCACAAAGCAGAGUAAAGCUAAAAGGACUCAUAUAAUUUUCAAUUAAAUAGACAAAAAUCAAUUAAGAAAGAGACACUAGAACAGAAAUUUUCACCAGGAAAAUGAAAAAAAUUCUCAUGUUUCUCAUUGUGAGUAUUUAUAAACCACGUUGAUGGACUGGACUGGACAAUGGGUUGGAGAGGGAUGCUGGUGAGGAGUGAGCUUCUUGGAUCAGGUGGAUACUUGAGACUAUGUUGGCAUCUCCUGCCUGAAGGGGAGAUGAGAGGGUAGAGGGGGUUAGACGCUGGCGAAAUGGACAUGAAGAGAGAGAGAGAGUGGAGGGAGGGAGCAGGCUGUCUUAUUAGGGGGAGAGCAACUGGGAGUAUGUAGCAAGGUAUAUUUAAGUUCCUGUGUGAGAGAUUGACUUGAUUUGUAAACUUUCACUUAAAGCACGAAAAAAAAAAAAAAAACAUGUUGAAUUUGAGACUUUAACUAUUAAAGCAGUUUUUUCUGGUCUUUAUUUGUUGAUGCUUUUCAGAUUUCACUUUUCCAAAACAAAUAUUUAUAAUGGCUUAAAUGUUCCGAACUACAUCAUACACAAGAUUAUAAGAGAGGGAGUAAGGAAGGGAGGAAGAAAGGAAAGAAAACCCUUCAUUUAUACUGUUUCUAUAAUAAACAAAGCCCUUUAAAAAACCUGUUCUAGGGAGACUGGCUGCAACAGAUUUGCACUGGCUAAAUAACAACAUGAUACUCUAAUUACACAGGUAAGAUGAUAAAGCUCAAAAGCAAAAUCUGACUUCUAGUUAUCUUCUACCACGUUGGUGUGGAUACAUAAUGGAAUGACAAUAAGGAAUAAAACACACUCUCUCACACACACAGAUAAGCUCCAAGCAUUAAUGUAAGUUGCUGAAAGUAAGAACUGAAUAUAACAAUUUAAAGAAAUAAAAUGUGGUUCACAGUUUAUUUAGGUCCUUCUGCCAUAAAAUAAAUCUAAUAAACUGUGUCUCUCCCAUACGUAGCUAUAACUUGUGACAGUAAUCUGGAUAUUGUAUUUUUAGCACAAGUAUCAACCACUGAGCUAAAUCUUCAAUAAGGAGACAAAUACUUUUUGUGACCAAAUCAUAUACUCAGAAUUCUGUACUUAACAUUGACCUUUGGGGUAAGGAACAAUUAACAAUGUUAAAAAAAAAAAAAAAAAAAAAUCUGUCUUAUUGAAUAAGAAUAUGGUAGCAUAGCACAGCCCUUGUAUAAAUAACCACAAAAUUUGUGAAAAUAAAACCUGGUUUUUCUGCCUUCAUCCAACCAAACCACUACAGUUCAGGUGUAUGUUCUGUUCUAAACUUAGAUAUCAUAAAACAGAAAAUUGGUCCCUGGUGACUUGGUAUUGGCAAUCAACAUUUCACCGCAAUAAACUUCUUGCUAAACAACAGGAUAGAAGUCAGCACACAAGCCAGUCUUCUUGCCACCACUUCAUCCAUAGCACAGUGUUAACAUUCUAAGUGGAAGUUGGUGAACAAAUAGACUUUCUGAGUCUCCUAUGUAAUCUGUUAAAAAAAAUUCAGAAAACUCAGAAAUAACCUUAUGGCAUUUUAUUUCUUAUUUAUAUACCUGCUGGGAAGGCUUUCUCCGACAUUACAGUCAACCCUCUAAAGUCAGAAUUUUGUAUUUUAAAACUGAAGUACUGGAUUAUGUGGCUGAUCCUUCUCAUAACCUGAACUAUAUUGGGUAAUUUUCUUCAGAUGGGGUGGGGGAAGAAGAAAUGUAUUGAGGAAAAUGCUUUUGGUUCAGAGAAUUUAUAUAAAAUAGCUCUGGAUAUUACAAGAUGGGAAAGAUGUUAUUAAAAUUACAAACAUGGCUUUUUUUUAGUGUCUUUAUAAAUAAAAGGCAUAGAAUACAGAAAGCCAAUUAAUAAUAACAAUAACAACAAUAAUAAAAUAUUAAAUAUAUAGUGAGCAAAGACUGAAUGGCUCAUUCUUGUGAAACACCAUUUGACAAAACUGCUUACAUGGGUUUCCUUACGCUAACAUUUUGCUGAGUGAAGACCCAGCAAACAUACAGUAAGCUGCCUUUAACCCACUAAUAACACCAAGGUACUGCCUGAUGGAAUGGCCACAGAUGAACAGGUCAUUUGUUUCAAAAGAUACUUAAAUACUCAAUAAAGACAUAAUAACCCCCCCACCCCCAUCACUGUUAUCAGACGCCACGUUGUGGUAGAACAUCAGACAAACUCACAAAUUUACCACAAAAAUGUGUGGCAAAAAAAGAAUAGUUUAUAUAUAUGUGUAUAUAUAUAUAUAUAAAUUUCUAUAUUUAUGCCAAUGUACUCACUCAGUACAAAUAGCAAAAUAGUAUACCAUUUCCUAAAUACAAAAUAUAGCUUUCCAAAAAAAUGAAACACACAGAUAUAAACCAUCCAAAACUUGAACGAUUGAAAACUGUAUUCAAAAUUAAAUGACCCAGAGUAGGUCUCUUUCUGAAAAGUUCCCUUCAUAUCGGCAAGAAGCCUGUACUACUGAAAACGUAAUUCAAUGCCUCUCAAUCAGAGAGAGAAAGGAAGAAAGGGUUGGGGAGGAGGAAGAAUAUAUGAGAAUAAAGAUAAAAAAACAAAUUAGAAGAAGAGCUCAAAGAACCAAGGAAGGCCAUCACAAAAAGGGGGGAAAAAUCUGGCUGUAUAUAAACAAAACCAACACCACAAUUUCACACAGUUCAACUAAACAGAAAAAAACAGAAAAGUAGCCUUCAACGAACAAUUAACAGGCUAUUUUUUGUACACUUAAAAAAAAUUAAAUGGACAAGGAUACCAAAAACAUUUUAUCAACAUAUAGAAGCCAUACACAGUUUGGCCUUAAACUGUAUUAACAGCUUUCUACACACCAAAAGGAAAAUAAGAAAUAAGCACAUGUCCAGACAACAGGUUGUAGUGAGAAGCAGGCAUCCCAUGGGUGGCAAGAACACCCCAAACUGUAUAACUAGUGCUGCAACUGCAGGUUCUGGAGUGUGUUAUUUUCCUCUUUAUAGAUGUAACAAAAGUUAAUUCUUCAUUUUAAGUCAACUGAUAUGACCCUGUAAAAGCCUAAGGCUUGUGGGAACCAUCACAGAAGUGACCACUUCAAACUAUAAAGCACUGAGGUGACAAGUGAAGUUACACUCACUGCAGCUCAGGGAGAAGUGAUAUUUCAAGAAAUUUUAGUUUUUGUUUUGUUUUUAAUUAAAUUUUACACUGUUUCCUGUUAGAGGGGAAAAUCUGAAGAUUUUAGAACAGCACCGUUCAUGGGGGGAAAAAAUGCAUUUUUUUCUCAGGAAUCAACUCCCAAUCAAUUCCUGAAAGGGUACUCACUCCCCUGCCCUGUACUGCAGGAGCUGGGUCAUCCUAGAUGAAAGCGGCCUUUUUUCUUUAAGUUGCUACAGGGUCAUAAAGCCAGUAAGUAUAUGAAUAAUUAUCUAAAAUGAGAAUGAGAGGAAGAAUAAUAUGGAUGAAUAUAAAAGGAACGCCGGUCUUAGACUGAGUUAAGAGGAAAACAGACUCAAAUUACUGUCGGUUUAAACUACUGUAGAAGAUAUCAAAACAGAAUUUGCCAUAUGUUAUCCCCUUCAUUUUUUAUACAGCAUGAUAGGUACUUUUCUAUGCACAGUUAUGGCUAAACCUCUUAGUAGAAACACAGAGAAUUAACAACUCUCUGAAAAAUAAAACCAAGAGCAUUCCAGCUGUCCCCAGUUUUGUAACUGUAUUGUCUGCCUUUGUGUUAAAUAAAGAGUUCUCUCAUCUGUGUAGAGUUCUUAAUACAGCUUACUUAUCAGAAUGUUACCCCUUCAGUUUCCCCAUAAAAACUGAAAAAAAAAAAAAAAAAAUUCCUUCACUUUGGCCCA